AUUUUUCCAUUUUUGUUUUGUAGUUUUGAUUUGAAAAACAUAAAUUGAGUAGUGAGUGAACUUUUUGUUACGAAGUAAAUUGUCAACGGAGCAUUUCUUAACUAAUUUUCCAGUAGGCUAAGGAUGUUUUCUUUUGGACUGAAAUUUGCUGACCUGGUCUGGUCUGAACUGGUCUGGUCUUGUCUGAUAAACGUCUGGUCUCUGUGUAUUUUAUAACUACGGAAGUCUGAUCUAGUCUGGUCUGGGACUGAAAACAGUCCAAAAGAAAACAUCCCAACUCAUCCAAAAACUCUAUUGUUACACAGAUUUUAUACACACAUACACACUAUAAAUAUCCUAAAAAUAAUUUACCCCCUUCCCUCACCACUUCCAAUUCACACGUACGACACUACUCUGCCUCCCAAAUUUUUCGCUCAUCCCCACCUUCUCCCUUCCUUCGAAUGACCGCAACCUUCCCCUUCUUCCUCCUAUCAAUUUUGAUUUGGUCUUCCGAUUAAUCACCGUCGCUGGUUCGUCGCCGCCAACACCUGACGAAGCGAACCCUCUUCCCCGGCAACCCCCCAUCGAAGGCAACCUCCGUCCAAGGAGACCAUCGUCGUUGCGCAUUCCAAGGUGCGAACUUCCCAUCGAAGUCGUUGAUUUCGUCUCAGUCAAAGAUGGUGUGAACCCCGCUUUCUUCCCUGGCCGAAAGGGUCAUGUUGCACCAUCUUCCUCUGAUUCUGGUUCAUUAGGAAACAUAAUUGUUGACUUCUACUGGGGGAUGGAACUAUAUCCUCGUAUUGGCAAAGGUUGAUAUCAAACUUUGAUAUCAAAGUUUUCACAAACUGCAGAUUUGGCAUGAUGUCUUGGGCAGUUCUAGCUGUCACUUACUGCAUAAAACAGCUCUGCUCUACCGAUUCUCCCCAGAUCAGUAAGUAGCCACCGAUCUUCUUUCCAUGCCGCUUCUUCUCGAAUCUUGCCGUGAAGCUCUGCUACGCUCUUGAUAGCUACAAGCGUUGCGCUCUCAUACGGAUUUGCCAGAUAACUUCCGCUCCAGGCCAUUAUCACAUCGAAUUGGCACACAUGGAGAAAAUUAAAAGAGAAAAUUUGGCAAGAAAUUUAGCAUCAAAGCGAACUUCAGCUGCGUUUGGAGAAAUUACGCCAGACUAUGAGAAGCAACGCAGGGAAAUAAUUGGCCAAAAUAAGGAAAAGAUGAUCGCAUUAAAAAUCGCUGAUAUCUCUACUUCAUUGUCAAGUUUGGUGGAUAGUCACAAUGGGAGAAAGAGAAAAGAGAAAUCGAGUAAUGAUCCUAAUUAUGUUCCUACGAUUGAAGAAAGUAACUCGUUAAAUAUGGAUGAAGGUGUGAAUCUCCCAAAAAAGAAAAAACUGCCAAAGUAUAUUGCACCGCAAUCACUUAAUAGGGUUCUGAGGAAUAAACAACCUCAAGGCAUGUCAAAAAUCAUUUCUAAGGAUCAAAAUGAACCUGUGAAAGAAGUCACAACACUGAAGAGCAAAAGAAAGAGCCCUGUUAUUGACGCAGUUGUAAAUAUGGCCGAGUAUUUACGAAAGAAAUCAGGUGAUGAAGUUACGUUUCAGAACAACAACCAACCUCCUGAAAACGAAGUGCAAGGGCAUACAGAUAUUAGUGCAUGGACAAAUGAUGAGAUAUCUUAUAGUGCUGAGUCCGAUAGCGCCCAAGGUGGAAAGAAAUAUCAAGAAGGGAAUGACGAUGACAUGAUGGAUCAGAAUAUAGAAGAAUUUGAGAACGAUGGUAUUUUUAUGGAAGCAGUUCAAUUUACUGGAGAUGAGAUUGGAGAUGAGAUUACUGGUAAUAAAAUACAACAAAGAGCAAAUGUUGUGGAAAAAGAAAAGACAACACGUGGUCCUACAAUGAUGCAUGUAGUACACAUGAGAGAAUAUUGUAUACCCAUCAUAUUAAAUAAGUUUGGUCAACCCAUUGGGCCUGAUAAAGCUACAUUGGAUGAGUUUUCAUCAUUUCUUGGAACGGUUGCUCGCCAUUAUGACUUUGCUCCAUUAGUUGAAUCUACUUGGCUCCGUGUGCCAGACAAAGAUAAGAUGUGGGAUUAUGUUUUGUCAAAAUAUGAUGUUCCCAUAAAUGGAAAAAAAUGGGUACUAAGUACAAUAGGAUCUUCAUGGAGGGUACACAAGUGUCGAUUCAAGAACAAGUUUUGCAAAACUUAUAAGAAUGACAAGGAUAGGUGGCGUAACCGCCCGAAAGAGAUUCCACAAAGUGAUUUUCGAGUUCUUUUAAAGUUAUGGAAUUGCAAAGACUAUCAGAACAAAUGUUCUCGUAACAAACGCAGUCGCAGUUUCCAGAAAUAUAAUCACACAGCUGGUCGUGAGUCUUUUGCGAGAAUUCGAGACAGAUUGUCUCAGGAAAUUGCCCUUCCAGAUUCUGAUGAUGAUGGUGAUGGUGAUGGUGAUGAUAUACCUUUAUCAGUCAUGUUUGAGGUGACACGUAAAAGGACAGAAGGGCGAAAAUACAAAGACUGUAAUGAAGAUACACCAGCAAAAGUGGUUGAGAUGAGGAACUAUGAGUCACAAAAUAAGGAUGAAAAUGGUGCUGCGAUUGAUGGAUAUUCACAUGUUAUGUCAAAAGAGAUUGAUGACCGUCCAAUCAUGCGUGGUAGAGGUGUCACUAAGAAAGAUCUUGUUAAAGGGAAGGAUAACCGACAACCGUGUGUUAUGACUCCUGACAAUAUGAACACAAUUUUAAGUGACUUGAGGAAAGAGUUUGAAGUGGAAAAUGAGAAAAAGAAUGCUGAAAUAGAACAAAUGCGCAAGGAGCGUGAAAUUGAAAAGCAAAAGAUCAAUUUGGUUUUAUCAAAACUUGUUACUCUGAUUCCGGAUCUUGAUCCUACCUUACUUGGCCUAUAGAGCUGAAGUACAAAUCAGAGACAUGUUCGUGUUGAUGAGGUCGAGUUUGAUGGUUUUUGAAGAAGGCUAUUACAAGUGGAUUUACUGUUUUAUAGAUUAAGUUAAAUUUAUUUAUUUAUUUAUUUUGUCGUUGAUCGAGCAUAGUUCAAAACUAUUAGUUGAUAUUUUUCACUUUGAUACUUCGGAUGCUUGAUGUUACAGUUAUUCAAAGACCAUUUCAUUACAAGGAAUUGUUUGAAUAUAUUAAUGUUGAUUGAAA